AUGAACGAAGAGGAAGAGGAAUCAGCUGCCACCGUGUCGUACUCCUCCCCCGUAUGCUGCAUGUUGAGCCAUCUCAACCCGGAUUUCACGUACAAGCAUCAGACGAGCGACGAGCCUGCGACGGAGCAUCCAACGAUGCCUUCUGAGCAGGCGAAAACAGGCGACGAUCAGCAAGAGACAUUGACUGCCCAGCUGGAUCGCGUGACGGAGAAGGACAGGGUGAUGGACAAGCAAGAUCCUCUCGUGGCGGUGCCCCAUGUUUGA